GGUAGUAGUCUUGUGGGAUCGGGGAAAGGCGCCGGCAGGCGGCACGUGGCUGAAGCGGUGGACAGUAUUCUUGGGUGAAUUUCAUGGCUCGUCAAUUUUAUUUCAGCCAUCAAUAACGUUACCGACAAUUAUUAAUCAUUGAUUGGCUAAUUAAUCAUAGAUCAAUAUCGUUACAGUCAAUCAUUGAUUGGGGGGGGGGGCGCGCUCUACGGCAUCAUUCCCUUUGCCCGCCCGCCCGCCCGCCCCGCUCAACGGGCAAAUCAAACAUUAGUGUGAAACUCUCCAGUGUGACAGUCUUCCUGAAGCGAUUGCCGCCAACUAAAAAGUGAAUGCUUCGGCCAUGAUCGCUCGAUCAAUCAAUCUGUGAGAGAGAUAUAAUCACCGAACCAACUAAUGAGCAGCUAAACUGCACCACUCAUGCCCUCCAUUCGCUGUCGAACAAUUCGCUCAUCAAUCCGUCAGUUCAUCCCGCAACACGAGAGAGAGAGAGAGAGAGAGAGAGAGAGAGAGAGAGCUGUCUCUUAUACACAUCUAGAUGUGUAUAAGAGACAGGUGUGUGUGUGUGUGUGUGUGUGUGUGUGUGUGAGAGAGAGAGAGAGAGAGAGAGAGAGAGAGAGAGAGAGAAUCUGGAGCCCAUGUCGUAGCCCGCUGCUAGCUCGCGACGAAUCUAUUGGAAUGCAAUUCGUGGCGGGGUCGUCAUCAGUAUCAUCGGCAGCAGCCAGAGGAGGUGGAGUAAUGCAGGCACCUGUGGGUUCGAUCUCGCGCCAAGUGGAUGGGUACGCCCCGGUACGUGGCUGCGCGCCCUUCACGGGGCGCUGUCAGCUUCGCUGCCAAUGGCUUGAACAGUGGGGGAUGUCGACUGGGAUUAGCGGACGAUGGGCGGCGCCGAGGCGGCGGCAACGAAGUGCGGAAGAUGAUUGGUUUUGCGCUAGUGUGCGCAGAAGCGCGCCGUCGCGAUCCGUAUCACGAGGCUGCCUCCGUAGUGGUCUGUCCCGAUCAGGCAGGUGUACGGCCGUCCCAUCAUCUGCCAAAUGGAGAUCUAAUCGACGUUCUUGCUACUGCGAGGUCCUCAGAGCUACGUCAUACCAUUGGCGGGAACGCGCCAUGGAUUUCGACUGCCGCCGAUUUGAGGGAGGGAGGAUGUUCCUUGGAAUGCCACGUGGCCUCUUCUCUUUUCCAGAGGAUAGUCGUCUGAUGGGACCAGGAGGUUGUGCACGUGGCGGGUUCACGUGGCAUUCCAAGGAGGUUGGUUCUUUUUCUAGCCGUGAUGGUGGGACCAGGAGGUUGUGCACGUGGCGGGUUCAUGGCCAAGAGAGAUCUGACCUGAUGGGAGAAGGAGGUGAUGAUGAUGAGUACGUCGAGGACAGGGAGGGAGAAAGAAGAGGGAGAGCGAGUGGUGGGAGUGAGAGAGGAGAGGAGACAAGGAAGGUGGAAGAGAGGACGGACGCGAGGAAGGCGGGCGGGGGCGUCGGCGCCGCCGCUUCGGGGGCUAGCGAUGGGCAAACCCAGGGAGCGGGUGGAGGGCGGCCGGCGGAUGUCAAGUGGAGCGCGCGCCUUGGGGGGUGGCUUGGCGGGAAAGGGAUUUUGGCGCGAAAAGCAGGAGAAGGAGGGGUAUGGGGGGGACUGAAAAAGGCGGAAGGAGAAGAGUCCCUCGCUCCUGUGGCCGUCAAUAUGGAAACAGAUGCGGAUAGACCAAGGGAAGGAGGAGGUGAGGGUGAUGUUGAAGGGGUGGGGGCGGUAAGUUCGCCGCAUGCUGACGUGGCAGCAACCGAUUGGUUGGCUGAAGAUGAGGCUGAAGGACUCCUUGCAGAGGGAAAGAAAUCUGUUAAUGGCUAUCGUGGCUGGUCCUCCUUCGUGCUCCUUGACAAUGACACCUCAUCAUCGUCAUCAUCUUUACUAUCAGCUGGAGGCGGAGGAGGAGGACAAGGAGGAGAUGGCGGCGGGAAAGGAGUCGUUUCGGUCCAAUCGAAAGAAAUUAUAAGUAAAGGUAAAGCUUAAAAAAAUAAAAAAUAAAAAAUAAAAAAUAAAAAAUAAAAAUAAUAAAUAAUAAAUAAAAAUAAAAAUA